AUGGCCGACAGCGAUUCCGAAGGAAUUGACAAUCUUCUUGGAGAUAUCGACGAUCUUGACGAUGAACUGUUCGGAGGAAAAAAGAAGCAAGGAACAAAGAAACGACUUAGCAAUCUAGAUGACCUCUUCUCAAAAAAUAAAGAACAAGCGGCUCGUCCGAAAAGAAAUCUGAAUGAUUUAUUGUCAGCAGCCAAUAAAAAGCCAGCCGUUUCAUUCUUGGACCAAACAACACCAACACCCACAAAAAGAACUGUUCAGAAAGAUGAACAACGUAGAGUUGACGAAGUUGACACUGGGUUAAGCAACGCAAAAAAUCUUGCAAGUGAUCCACCGCUGAGGAGAGCAACAGCAUCCAGUCGCACACAAGCUCAAGAACUGCUAGCGGCAGGCGCACCAUCAAUGCCCACCUCUAACGCUGACGAUUUAUUUGGCCCUUUGCAACGGUCUGUAUAUCUACCAUAA